AUGCCUAAACUGUUUCGUAAGAAAGAGAAGAAGAAAGGCACUUCAGAUGCACCAGAAAGACCUUUGGAUUCGAUCCCGACCACCGUAACCACCUCUGGUGGUCAAUCCAGCAACAUCGGCGCCCCAAACAUCGCCGAGACGAAUACCAAUGUUAUCAAAAGCGAAAGUAAAAACGAUGUCACUGGUGAAGCGGGACCAGGGAGCGAGCCGCGGGUCCAUGAGCGGGUUCGUAGAUCAAAUACGGAAAAGUGGCUCGCUCAAGCUGCGCUCAUUCUCAAUCUGACCAAGAGUGCUGCCGAUGCGGCUGGUCUUGCACCGCUCAAAGGCGCUUGUGAGGGCGCAGUGACCGUCCUUGAGGUCAUCCAGGCUUUCAAUAACGGCAGAUCUGCUUGGAAUGAACUCGCCAAAACCAUUCAGAUGCAAAUCGGUGCAUUCAAUGCCCAACUAAACCAGCCUGGAAUCAACGACGUGGUCGAUGACUCGGUCAAAGGCCCGAUUGCAAACUACAUUGCUACGCUCAAGGAACUGCUCGCCGACGUGUGCGAAGACGCUGACAUCAACAAGACCAAUUUCGAGAAUAAAGAGGGGCUCUUGAAGAUGUUUGUGAAGCGCAGUGGCACAAGCAAGCUGGAAACGGAUAUAAUCAGCACCUACGAAAAGCGUUUGAAGACUGCGGAAUCAGCAAUACUCCGCUCUCUUACGUUCUAUGUUUCUGUCGCCGUGACAGAGUUUGCGGAUGCCGCCGUGUUGGGCAGACUGCGAGGACCCGAAUACAAACGGCCCUCAGGAUGUCAACCAGGAACGCGUAUUGACGUACUCCACGCAUGCCAGGAAUGGGUGGCAAACCGUGAAGCACCCAACAUCCUCUGGAUCAAAGCCGCACCUGGAGCGGGGAAAACGGCCAUUGCAUCCAGUCUUGUAGACCUACUUGAGAUCAAGAAGAAGCGACUCGGCUCAAGCUUCUUCUUUCGUCGUCAAGAAAGUACUACUCGUACGACAGAUGCACUCUGGCGUAACGUUGCAUACGACUUGGCACGUCACCCAACCGUCCGAAAGCAUCUUUGCAGCGCAAUGAAAAAGGAGCAAAUCGACUUGUCAACAUCCAGUAUCACCGAUCUAUUUCUGCAAUUAAUUACGGAACCGCUAUCGAAAAUUAGUAGCCCCCCCUUGGAAAUUUCUCCAGUGGUCGUCGUCGAUGCACUCGACGAGUGCGGUGGGAUUGAGGGUCGGUCGUCUGUCGAUCGUAGGAGCCUGAUGCAGACGUUGAUCUGUUGGUCCAAGCUUCCAUCUAGCUUCAAGCUCAUCGUCACCAGUCGUGAAGAGACGGACAUCGUAAACGUCCUCGGUAGGAUCGACGGGAAUAAGCCACUAGCCAUUGAGCUAAAAGUAGGCAAAGAAGCAGACCAGGGAGUACAAACCGAUAUACGAGCCGUCUUGAGUCUAAAGCUGCAGUCAAUUGCGACUGAGUAUCCGUCAUUGGGACCAGAGUGGCCCGGACCCAAACAGCUGGAUCAGUUGACGGAGAAGGCGAGUGGUCUGUUCAUCUGGGCUACAACAGUGGUGGACUUGAUCGAAGCUGGCCCUCCGGAGGAUCGACUUGAGGAAGUCCUGACGGGUGAAGGGAAGAAUCAUCUCGGCCAACUCUAUGCGCAAGUACUGCAUAUUGCGUCUCGAGGACAUGGCGAGAAGGAGCGGGAUCGUUUGCUCGCCAUGCUUGGCGCGAUUAUUGUGGCAAAGGAACCAUUAUCUCUCCCGACAUUGGCUAAACUCCUUUCAUUGAAGCAGUCGAUAUUGGAGAACUUUUGCAACGGACUUCGCUCAGUAUUGGAUCAAGAAGGCCCACUUCGAUUCCGACAUCAAUCGUUUGUCGACUUCCUGCUCGAGAACAAGCAAGAUGCACCAGAAUUCAGUUUAACGACGUCUAUCUGUGAGCAAAGCAUUGCCAACCAGUGCCUGCAGGUGAUGAAGAACAAUCUAAAGUUCAACAUUGGCGGCAUCCCAUCGUCCGACCAACUCAAUGUCGAGAGUUUGAGAGCAAUCACAUCCAUUGAAGAUUGCAUUCCGUCACAUUUGAAAUAUGUAUCUCGGUACUGGGCCGAUCAUUUGGUUCUCACGCCUCUCAAUGAUGAGACAAUGGCUCUUGUCCGACACUUUCUCACAUCGCAAUUUCUAGCCUGGCUCGAGGUUGCCAGCCUAUGUGAAUUUACAGAUGCAUUACAGUCUAUUCUCUGCAACCUGACCAGAUGGCUGAAGAGAACCAAUGAGGAAGAGCUAGUAGCUUUAGGAGAGGAUAUGUGUCAAUUUGUGGCUCACUUCGGCCACGUGAUAUCCAUGAGCGCUCCUCAUAUUUACAUUUCAGCAUUGCCUUUCUCUCCAAAUUGCUCUGAAGUGAGAAGACAUUACCACCCUCAAUAUCCAUCCACACUGGCCAUUCUUGAUGGGGGGUAUCAAACAUGGUCUCCAUUGCUUGGUUCACUUUAUGGACAUACUGAUAAGGUCCUUUCUGUCGCCUUCUCGCCAGACGGUCACAAGAUCGUUUCUGGAUCCUUGGACAAGACGGUGCGGGUAUGGAAUGCAGAGACGGGCGAACCGCUUGGACCCGCGCUCGAGGGACAUACCAAUGCGGUCUCCUCUGUCGCCUUCUCGCCAGACGGUCACAAGAUCGUUUCUGGAUCCUCGGACAAGACGGUGCGGGUAUGGAAUGCAGAGACGGGCGAACCGCUUGGACCCGCGCUCGAGGGACAUACCAAUGCGGUCUCCUCUGUCGCCUUCUCGCCAGACGGUCACAAGAUCGUUUCUGGAUCCUCGGACAAGACGGUGCGGGUAUGGAAUGCAGAGACGGGCGAACCGCUUGGACCCGCGCUCGAGGGACAUACCGAUGCGGUCUCCUCUGUCGCCUUCUCGCCAGACGGUCACAAGAUCGUUUCUGGAUCCUUGGACAAGACGGUGCGGGUAUGGAAUGCAGAGACGGGCGAACCGCUUGGACCCGCGCUCAAGGGACAUACCGAUGGGGUCUCCUCUGUCGCCUUCUCGCCAGACGGUCACAAGAUCGUUUCUGGAUCCUGGGACAAAACGGUGCGGGUAUGGAAUGCAGAGACGGGCGAACCGCUUGGACCCGCGCUCAAGGGACAUACCGAUGGGGUCUCCUCUGUCGCCUUCUCGCCAGACGGUCACAAGAUCGUUUCUGGAUCCUGGGACAAGACGGUGUGGGUAUGGAAUGCAGAGACGGGCGAACUGCUUGGACCCGCGCUCGAGGGACAUACCGAUGCGGUCUACUCUGUCGCCUUCUCGCCAGACGGUCACAAGAUCGUUUCUGGAUCUGAGGACAAGACGGUGCGGGUAUGGAAUGCAGAGACGGGCGAACCGCUUGGACCCGCGCUCGAGGGACAUACCGAUGGGGUCUACUCUGUCGCCUUCUCGCCAGACGGUCACAAGAUCGUUUCUGGAUCCUGGGACAAGACGGUGCGGGUAUGGAAUGCAGAGACGGGCGAACCGCUUGGACCCGCGCUCGAGGGACAUACCGAUGGGGUCUCCUCUGUCGCCUUCUCACCAGACGGUCACAAGAUCGUUUCUGGAUCCUGGGACAAGACGGUGCGGGUAUGUAAUGCAGAGACGGGCGAACCGCUUGGACCUGCGCUCGAGGGACAUACCGAUGGGGUCUCCUCUGUUGCCUUCUCGCCAGACGGUCACAAGAUCGUUUCUGGAUCCUGGGACAAGACGGUGCGGGUAUGGAAUGCAGAGACGGGCGAACCGCUUGGACCCGCGCUCGAGGGACAUACCGAUGCGGUCUGGUCUGUCGCCUUCUCGCCAGACGGUCACAAGAUCGUUUCUGGAUCCUUGGACAAGACGGUGCGGGUAUGGAAUGCAGAGACGGGCGAACCGCUUGGACCCGCGCUCGAGGGACAUACCAAUGCGGUCUCCUCUGUCGCCUUCUCGCCAGACGGUCACAAGAUCGUUUCUGGAUCCUUGGACAAGACGGUGCGGGUAUGGAAUGCAGAGACGGGCGAACCGCUUGGACCCGCGCUCGAGGGACAUACCAAUGCGGUCUCCUCUGUCGCCUUCUCGCCAGAUGGUCACAAGAUCGUUUCUGGAUCCUUGGACAAGACGGUGCGGGUAUGGAAUGCAGAGACGGGCGAACCGCUUGGACCCGCGCUCGAGGGACAUACCGAUGCGGUCUGGUCUGUCGCCUUCUCGCCAGACGGUCACAAGAUCGUUUCUGGAUCCUUGGACAAGACGGUGCGGGUAUGGAAUACAGAGACGGGCGAACCGCUUGGACCCGCGCUCGAGGGACAUACCGAUGCGGUCUGGUCUGUCGCCUUCUCGCCAGACGGUCACAAGAUCGUUUCUGGAUCCUUGGACAAGACGGUGCGGGUAUGGAAUGCAGAGACGGGCGAACCACUUGGACCCGCGCUCGAGGGACAUACCGAUGCGGUCUGGUCUGUCGCCUUCUCGCCAGACGGUCACAAGAUCGUUUCUGGAUCCUUGGACAAGACGGUGCGGGUAUGGAAUGCAGAGACGGGCGAACCGCUUGGACCCGCGCUCGAGGGACAUACCGAUGCGGUCUGGUCUGUCGCCUUCUCGCCAGACGGUCACAAGAUCGUUUCUGGAUCCUCGGACAAGACGGUGCGGGUAUGGAAUGCAGAGACGGGCGAACCGCUUGGACCCGCGCUCGAGGGACAUACCAAUGCGGUCUCCUCUGUCGCCUUCUCGCCAGACGGUCACAAGAUCGUUUCUGGAUCUGAGGACAAGACGGUGCGGGUAUGGAAUGCAGAGACGGGCGAACCGCUUGGACCCGCGCUCGAGGGACAUACCGAUGCGGUCUGGUCUGUCGCCUUCUCGCCAGACGGUCACAAGAUCGUUUCUGGAUCCUUGGACAAGACGGUGCGGGUAUGGAAUGCAGAGACGGGCGAACCGCUUGGACCCGCGCUCGAGGGACAUACCAAUGCGGUCUUGUCUGUCGCCUUCUCGCCAGACAGUCACAGGAUUGUUUCUGGUGACAUUGACAGAAAAUUGCAGAUUUCAAAUAGUGCAGCAGGUGGCUCGCUUCGCAUUACAUAUCAGCAGCACCGUCUUGAUCAUGAUGGCUGGUUAGUGGGACCCAAUGACAAGCAUCUGAUUUGGGUACCAGAAAUCUUUCGAACUGGGCUU